CAAUUGACCGCACAGAAACAGUAACACGUUGAGUUGCAUAUAAGAGUUGUUUACUAUUUUCUAAACUCAGUGGUGAAAAGCCAAUACAAUUGUCAUGUGGCAAGGCUAUAUAUUGAAAAUGUUCCUGUGGCUGUUCUUCCUGGGACAAAUUUUGACAGUUCCGGUUCCCAGCAAGUCUUUGGAGGUUUCUGGAUUAUUAGGCGAAGGAGAACUUUUUAAGAAUAUGGAACAAUCGCUUAAGUUUAUCGUUCCCGGCUUUUUAAAUUCGGAGUCGCAGAAUUAUUACAAUAAUUUACGCCUAGUAGAAUUAUUUGAUCAGGAAGACGAAAAUUUUAAAAUCCUCCUUAAGCAUAUAGAAGAUGGACAUGCAAUGAAAGGACUUACGUUUAAUAUAUAUGAUGAUAACAUGAGAGAAACAACAAUAGCAUUGUUUCGAAUCUUUCAAACAGUUGACAAGGAGAAUUUAUAUAUUAUUAGAGACUGGGCACGUGAUAAUAUCAACAAAGAUAUGCUUGAUUAUGCUUGGCGACUAAUUUCACUAUACAGAAUCGAUGCCUAUUCUAAAGAAAAUGAUCCACCCUUCAUUAGUAAGCCCAACUACUAUAUAAAUAGUGAAGCCAUUAUUAAAGCAUUUCAAUUAAAAAGCAAAACUGACAAGUUUGAUUCUGAAGAUGCAAAAAUAAAUCAAAUAUAUAAAGAAAAUGACAAUAUUAUUAUAAAUGCAAACUAUUCAAGUUGGAAUUUGAUAAACGAUGGAUGCGAUGGAGAUGUGGACUAUUUCAGGGAGGACAUUGGAUUGAAUUCUUAUUAUUACGGUGUUCAUCUUAAAUUCCCAUUUUGGAUGAGCAAUGAUGAACUCUCUGCAGUGGAUACAAGAUAUGCUGAACAAUAUUACUAUAUUCAUCAGCAGCUUCUAGCAAGAUAUAGUUUGGAGAAGGAACAUUUACGCGUUAGAAAUAUGUCAAGCGACUCUAAUUGUUUCCGAGAUUAUAAUCCGUAUUUAUUGCAUGAUAAUGGACUUCCGUUCCCCACAAGAUCUUCAAUUUUGCCUCAGUGGAGUGACGAACAGGCUCGCAUUAAAGCAAUAGAUAUCGCCAUUAGAGAAUGCAUUUCUAGAGGAGUAAUUUAUAUGGACAAUGGAACUAAAAUUUCAUUGACAGAAGAUAAUUACAUUGAUUUGUUGGCCAAACUAAUAAGAGCCAAUUUCGAUGGUGUAGAAACAGCUAAAAUUGUCAAAUCACUUUUUGGAUAUGGAGGAAGUGGCUAUCCUAAAGACAGAUAUAAUCCUUCCCCAUCAGUACUACACAAUCCGCAAACAACUUUACGAGACCCUUUAUACUGGCAGAUGAUUCAAGCACUUCUAAAAUAUUUUAAAGAAUUUUCAAGUACGCUGUCACCAUUCGAUUUUUCAAAAUACGAAACAGAUAAUAUCAAUAUUAUUGAUACUAGUUUUGAUAAAAUAACAACGUAUUUUGAUUACUAUCAGAUGAGUUUAAUGAAACUUUUUUACAAUGAUGAUAAUUCAAAGAAUUCUAAAAUAAUGUAUUCAGCUAGACAGAAAAGAUUGAAACAUACACCAUUUACAUUUAACUUUACCAUAGAAUCAAAAAUAAAUGACAAUGCUAUAAUCAAAUUAUUUUUAGGUCCCGAAUGUGACAGAAAUGAGUGCUGGGAACAGCAUUCAAAAUUUUAUGAAUUAGAUUCCUUUGUAUUCAAACUCAAAAAAGGCUUAAAUGUAGUUAGUUGGAAUCCAGAAGCAUCUGAGAGAUUUUCGUUUGAUGAUUAUUACAACAAGAAUCUCGUGUACGCCAAGAAAAAUAAGUUCAAUCUUUUUAUGUUCCCAGAAAGUUUAAUUUUACCCAAGGGCUUAGAAGAAGGGUUAAAUAUGACCCUGUUUACUAUAGUAAUACCUUCUUAUGAUUCCUAUAAUAGUAGUGAAUCUAAUCUAAACCCUUUGCCUUUAGGAUUCCCUUUUCAUAGACAAGCUAUUAUUGAUGAAAAGUCAAAAGGCAGCAAUUAUGUUUUCAAUAAAAUUUCAAUCUACCACCAAAAGAUUGCCAGUAAUUAUUUAGGUUUCUAUUCUACUAACUUACAUUGAUAGCCUAGUGAUGUAUUAAGAUCAAUUAGAUUCUUUAUAAAUAAGCUUAGCUGUAUGGUUGGCAUUAACUAAAGUUGUUAAUUAGUAUUAAAUGAAAUAAAAUUGAAA